AUGGCUGCCGUACCACAGGAAGAGAAUGUGCCAGGUGGGGGGGCUGUAAUUAUAGACUUGAAUGUGGAUGUGGACGAAGACACAGACAGCUCUACCGAGGGGGGUUGGCAAGAUGUAGGCAUAAGUACUUUAACAGGACAAUCAGACUCCAUGGCAGUUAGGGUGUUGCGCGCAUUUCGUGCUAACACAAUCCGUCAAAAUAAAUGGUUUAAAGACAAUCCACACAACUUGACAGGGGAUAAUAUAGAAAUUGACGCGUGUAUUGCCAGUGGAUCAUUUGGACUUGUCUUCCGCGCCGAGAACAAAGAUACCCGUAGUGAGGGAAAGCCCGGGAUUAAAUAUGCUAUCAAAAUUUCCAAACUUCGAUUAGAGUCGGAGGCUAACCUUGACUACGAUAUGGGCUCAGAUACCAGUCCCAUUCUUACACGCACCAGUGAAGCUUCAGUUGUUGAUCCGAAGGAAAUGAAGGAAUUGAGUUUAUCCUCCAAACGUGGAAGGGAGAUAACGACAUUCCUUCAAUAUAUCAAAUCAGGGCACCCUAAUGUCACGAAUAUGGCUGGUUGGGCUGAAUUCGACAUCUUGGGAAACCCCUUUUCUUUGAUUGUCCUAGAGAUUUGCGAUCUCGGCACUCUUUUAGACAUGGUACACGAAUUUCGAGAGAGGGACGAAUUCAUACCCGAAGGAUUUAUCUGGCACGCUUUCGAACAACUAUUCAGCGGCCUUGCAUUUCUUCAUGGGGAGCAUCCCGAUUACAUAACAAAACCAGAAUUUGCGGGACGUUUAGAAAUGACUGUCGCUCGCGAUAUUAAAGCAAACAAUGUCUUCAUACAAUCACUCCCUGCAAAUUCUCCCCCGAAUACAUAUCCGACUGUCAAAUUGGGAGAUUUUGGCGAGUCCCUACAUCUACCUAGACAUGGUACUCGCGAUUAUAAUUUCGGAAAUAGUACUUGUGAUCCACCAGACAAUAAGAUGAGUGCAAAGUAUGAUGUGUGGUCCGUAGGCUCCAUGAUAUAUAUGGUGGCUAGGAGGGGACGUUAUGCAAACAGAGGGUGCUCCCUGGUAGACUCAUCUGGAAAGGUCAUUAAGUUUCAUCGCGCGAACCCAGAACAAAAAGAACUCCUACUUGCUGCGCGAAAUAACGAAUCGAGGUUUGAGCCUAUUAACGAGCAUUUGACUUUACAGUUAGAAACCGAGAUUAGAUGGGCGAUGACACUUAACCGAUUUGAUCGACCGAGUGCUGUGGAAGUAUAUCUCAGGGUACAGAAGCUCAACGACCAGAGGAAGAAAUUCAUGUAUAGGGAAUUGCCAUCUUGGGCCCCAGAAUUGCAAUUGCAGCGAGAAUUCAAACCCCUUGAAUUGGUAAAGAUGAACUGGAUGAUUGAAGACGCGGAGGAUAGAGACUUUUUAUUUGAAUAUUCAGGAGGACUCAUGGUGCAGAGGACAGAGAGAGAGAGGAAUAGGGUGCGGAGAAGGAUUGCUGAGCAGCACGCGAUGGUUCAGAGAAGGAAAAAUGAGAAACAACGCGAAGUUGAUUUGAGAGCUGGUAUAAAAGUCCACGAGGAGCUAGAUCGGGCAAGGAGGAGGGUGGUUGAGCAAGAGGAAAUUGGCAAGGUUAAUAACGAGAGGAAGGAAUACGGGGGUUGGCUGAGGUCUGGGCAUAAGAGGAGAAAAUUAGAGUAUCAUAGGGGUAGGGCUCAUUGGGUUGAUUGA